UGCUCGAUUCAGUUAAAUUCGGGAAACAAAGGAAAAGGAGAAAAAGGUAAAAAAUCGGAAGUAAUGAAAGCAACAGUGCAACCGAAACCAAAACCACUCACCUCUACACCAACAACUACACCUGCUAAUCAACGGUUGCAGGGAGAAGGAAGGAAGGAGUGAGACUGAGAGGGACCUCUCCUCCGCCAUUUUUUUGUCAUUUCUUCAAGCAAACUCUUCUCUCUUUCACAGAUCUCUCUUUCUUCUUGUGGUUUAGUUUCGUCGUCUUAGUAAUAUUUAUGACCAUGCCCUUUCGACCAUUGCUCUCUGCCUCUCUCGCUUGACCUUCUCUCCGUGUCUCUGGUCUUUGGAUUGGAAUUAUGGUGAUAACGGGGCCAAUUACGCCUGGAGUGGUGUCCUUCUUUCUUGGAAUUAUCCCAGUUUUUGUUGCAUGGAUAUAUUCAGAGCUCUUAGAAUAUAGGAGAGCUUCAUCUCUUUCUAAAGUUCAUUCAGACAAUAAUCUGGUUAAGUUGGAAAAGGUGACAAUCAAGGAAGAUGAUCGGGCUGUUUUGCUUGAAGGAGGCCUCAUGAGAACUGCAUCUCUCAAAUUUCACAGCUCAUCUAUCAAAAUGAACUUGAUGAGGUUUAUGACCAUGGAUGACUCUUUCUUGCUAGAAAAUCGAGCAACUUUCAGAGCAAUGUCUGAGUUUGGGGUAAUUCUGAUUUAUUUCUAUAUAUGUGACCGCACAAACUUGCUAGGAGACUCCACCAAGAAAUAUGAUCGCGACCUUUUCCUGUUCCUCUACUCUCUCCUCAUUAUAGUAUCAGGAAUGACUUCAUUGAAGAAACACAAUGACAAAUCAGCAUUUUCUGGAAAAUCCAUACUUUACCUUAACCGGCAUCAAACUGAAGAGUGGAAGGGAUGGAUGCAGGUCCUAUUCUUAAUGUACCAUUACUUUGCUGCAACAGAGAUAUACAAUGCAAUACGAGUUUUUAUUGCUGCAUAUGUUUGGAUGACUGGAUUUGGCAAUUUUUCUUAUUAUUACAUUAAAAAGGAUUUUAGCCUUGCACGCUUUGUUCAGAUGAUGUGGAGACUCAAUUUCUUCGUUGCGUUUUGCUGUGUUGUUCUUAACAAUGAUUAUAUGCUAUAUUACAUCUGCCCAAUGCACACUCUAUUCACUCUAAUGGUGUAUGGGACCCUUGGUAUAUUUAAUAAGUAUAAUGAGAAUAGCUCAGUGAUGACAGUGAAGAUUCUUUCAUGUUUUCUUGUGGUCAUCUUGGUUUGGGAAAUUCCUGGAGUUUUUGACAUUCUCUGGAGUCCUUUACUAUUCUUAUUAGGGUAUACUGAUCCUGCAAAGCCAGAUCUCCCUCGAGUGCAUGAGUGGCAUUUCAGAUCUGGACUUGAUCGCUAUAUUUGGAUCAUUGGAAUGAUAUAUGCAUAUUACCAUCCAUAUGUAGAGAAAUGGAUGGAGAAAUUGGAGGAAUCUGAAAGCAAGAGGAAACUCUCAAUCAAAACAGGAAUUGUGUCAGUUUGCUUAUUGGUUGGUUAUUUGUGGUAUGAAUAUAUUUACAAGCUGGACAAGGUUGCAUACAACAAGUACCACCCCUACACAUCAUGGAUCCCCAUCACCGUUUACAUUUGCUUGCGGAAUUUCACUCACCAGCUACGGAGUUUCUCUUUGACUCUCUUUGCUUGGCUAGGCAAGAUAACUUUGGAGACCUAUAUUUCACAAUUCCACAUCUGGCUGAGGUCCAACAUUCCCAAUGGACAGCCUAAGUGGCUUCUUUCCAUUAUACCAGAGUAUCCAUUGAUGAAUUUCAUGCUGACAACUGCCAUCUAUGUCCUAGUAUCUUAUCGGCUUUUUGAAUUAACCAAUACACUGAAGACAGUUUUUAUACCCACAAAAGACAAUCGGCGGCUCUUUCAUAAUUUUGUUGCUGGGGCUGCUAUUUCUAUAUUUUUGUAUUUCAUGUCACUCAUUCUUCUUCAGAUUCCUCUUGCUUCUGUCUGACAAGUGAAGACUGAAAAGGGAAUAGAAAUAGAGGUUUUUCAUGGCACGUACAGAGAUAUAGGAAGUGAAAUAAGGAACUUGGAAAAUGUUGCUGGAAGAUGAGUGUUUUCAACAAACCGAAGGGAGGAAAAUGCUUUCUGAUGCGAUGCCAGCUGAAGCUAGAUACUGAAAUUGCCUCCGGAAUCAGGCACCAGGGCAGGCGAAUGACAAAGGGUUUUUUUUUCCCCUGGGGGUGGUAAUAUUGCAUGUCAUCAUAUAUUCUUUUUGUUGUCAUAUUCUUUGUUUUUCUUUCUCCAUUUUAUUCCAUUUAUCAAUGAAAUUGUAGAGUACUGUGACAUAGAUCUGUGGUUUAUCAUCGUAGGAAUUCAAGAUUUAGUACUAGUGCAGUUGUAUUGAAAUUUUGUGUUAUAGAAAAAAACUACGCAUUAAUUGUA